AUGUCUCUGAGCGAUGCGCACUACUUCGAGGAGAUGGGAGUCAAGAAGUACGAGGAGAUCCGACGGCUGCUGGACUCUCGUGAGAAGAAGGACAAGCUGGAAGGGAUGAAAAGGCUGAUGGCCAUGAUUUCCAUCGGCAGAGAUGCAUCUAACUACUAUCCGGACGUCGUCAAGAACGUUGUGUCUGACUCGCUGGAGGUCAAGAAGCUGGUCUACCAGUUCCUCAUUCACUACGCUGAGCUCAAGUCCAACGAGGCUCUCCUCACCAUCAACACCUUCCAGAAGGACUUGUCCGACACCAACCAGCUCAUCCGCUCCUCUGCGCUGCGCGUUAUGACGAGCAUCCGCGUCGCCCUCAUCGCUCAGCUUCAGGUGAUGGCGAUCAAGCAGUGUGUCCGCGACAGCUCGCCCUACGUCCGCAAGGCAGCAGCGCAUGCUGUUGCCAAAGUGUUCGCGCUCGACCCCGACCAGGGGGAAGCGCUUAAAGAGCUGAUCCAGGGCCUCCUGCAGGACAACUCCACCAUGGUGCUCGGCAGUGCGGUGGCGGCGUUUAAUGAAGUUUGCCCGGACAACUGGGACCUGAUACAUCCCAACUUCAGGAAGAUGGUGCGGCUGUGCGCGGACACGGACGAAUGGGGGCAGAUUAUGCUGCUGAACAUGUUCACUCGGUACGGCAGGAAGUUCUUCCUCGACCCGUCGACCCUCGAGAAGGAGCCCAAGGACACCAACGAUGAUGGGGAGAAGAAGAAGAAGAAGAAGAAGAAGAAGAAGGCCUUCUACUCCGACGAUGAAUCGUCGAAGAGCAGUAGCAGCAGCGAGUCAGAAAGCUCUUCUGAGGACGAGGAUGAGGAGCCAGAGCUUGAUCCGGACCACGCCAUGCUCCUCUCGUCAACCCUCCCGCUGCUGAGGAGCAGAAACGCCGGAGUGGUGAUGUCAGUGGCGACUCUCUUCCAUUACCUGGCACCUCGAGCACAGGUGGCCAAGGUUGGAAAGAGCCUGGUCAGGGUGCUCAAGAACAAUCGAGAGACGCAGUACCUGGUCCUCAAGAACAUCGCUACUCUAGUCCUCAGCCGCCCGGAGAUGUUCGAUGGAUCCGCCAAGGAGUUCUUCCUGCGGGCGCAUGACAGCACGGCCUCUGCCCUGCUCAAGCUGGAGGUCUUGUCCCAGCUUGUCAACGAGAGCAACUCCCAGCUGAUCAUGCGCGAGUUCAACGCCUACAUCAAAGACACGUCGAGAGAUACCGUACUCAUCGCUGCCACCAUUCAAGCCAUCGGCAGGGUCGCGGCCUGGCACCCUUCGCUCACCGACACCUGCCUGCGCGGCCUGAUGACUCUCAUCUCCAACUCCAAGAACGAGCAGAUGGUGGCAGAGAGCGUCGUCGUCGUCCGAGCUCUCGUCCAGCAAGCUCCCGAGCAGCGGGUUCGCAUCAUCAAGCAGCUCAUCAAGCGCCUGGAGAACAUCAAGGCUGCCCCGGCUCGCGCGAGCGUCAUCUGGAUGGUGGGGGCCUAUCACAACCUGAUCCCUCAAGUCGCUCCUGACGUCCUCCGCGAACUCCUCAAAGUCUUCAAGACGGAGAGCACGCAGGUGAAGCUCCAGAUCCUCAACCUGUCCUGCCGCCUGUUCCUCACCGAGCCCGACACGUGCACGCCCAUGUUCGUCUACGUCCUCGACAUGUCGCGCUACGACACGGACUUCGACAUCCGCGACCGAGCCCGCAUGAUGCGCACCAUCCUCUUGACGGACAAGUGCGACAAGCUCAAGGAAAAGGCGUCACAAAUCUUCCUCGGGGAGCGCAAGGCCCCGGAGUUCUACGCGCCCUCGAGGGACAGCGAGUCGUUCUCGCUCAACUCUCUCUCGCACGCCGUCAGCCAUCACGUGGCAGGCUACAUCGAGAUCCCCGACUUCCCCGAGGACGUGCCGGAUGGGUCCAUCCGGGACCCGAUCAUCUCCUCGUCGUCGGAACGGUCGGACAACAAGACGAGCAGCAAGAAGGACGAGAAGAGGAUGAAGAGGGAGGUCAGUGACUUCUACAAGGAGUCUGACAGCAGCGGGUCUGAGGACGACUCGAGCGACAGCAGCGACGGGAAGGGCUCGUCGGACAGCGACAGUGACAGCGACUCUUCGUCCUCCAGCGACGACUCUGACUCCUCCAAGGGAAGCAGCUCCGACAGCGACGACUCGGCGCGGGAGAAGAAGGCCAGUCAGAAGAAGAAAGCUUCUGCCAAGAAGGCGAAGCAGGAGGAAUCGUCCUCGGACACGGACUCCGACUCGGACGACUCCGACUCCGACUCUGACUCGGACAGCAGCACGGAGAGGAGGAAGAAGAAGCAGGAGGAAGCGAAGAAGAAGGCCAAGGCGGCAGAACAGAAGGCUGCGGCAGCCAAGAAGGACGCGCCUCCUCCCUCCAAGAACAAGUCCAAGGAGGAGAAACCCAAGGCAAAGGCGCAGGAGCCGGUUGCUUCGCUCAUCGACCUCGGAGACCAGCAGGGCGUCUCGUCGCUGCUGGAUACUUCUACUCCCUCCUCCGCCAAGCCCCUCACCCUGCAGGUCGAGACGUCGGGAGGGAUCUCGCCGCAGGGCUCCAAGCAGGCUGCGGCGACGCCGACGGGCAAGGCAGCAGCGUCGAUGCUGGACAAGGACAAGUUGCUCGUGCACAACCUGCUGCACUUCGCCAACGGGGGAGGGCUGAACGUGGAGUACUGCUUCACGCGAGAAGAGAGCAUGUACGGUGUUGGGAUGAACACAGUCAAGCUCUCCCUGCACAACACAACCAACGUGCUGAUGCAGAACGUGAGGAUCGGAGACAAGAGACUCGAAGCGGGGAUGGAGCUCGAGCCUUUCUCCGACGUCGCUCUUCUCCCUGCCUCCUCCACCAACUCCGUCAAAAUCCACAUCAACUUCGGGGGCAAGAUGAGGUCUGCCAAGUUCGACCUCGUCACGGAUAAGGGAACGUACCCGGUGGCCCUGACACCCUCAGCUGGGGAGCUGGUGAACCCGCUGCUGCUGUCGGAGCCCGAGUUCGACGAGCUUGCAAAGGGUCUGCGAGGGAUGCACGAAUGCAAGCUGACCCUCCCCCCUGUCGAUGACAAACCUGCGGAAGAGAUCAGAGAGAAGGUUUUGUUGCUUUGUAAUAUGUAUCCAGUGGACAGCCAGACCGAAGGCAUCUAUAAGUUUGCGGGAAGAGAUCUCGGAGGAGAGGCGAAGAACGUCGUGCUGGUGGCGCUAGACGUGCAGGGAACGCUGGUGGGUAGGAGUGAGAGCACGCUGCUGAGCCGGCAGAUCGUCAAGGAGCUGAAGGAUGCCUUCUUGAAGUAGCCUCCUCAUCUUCUCCUCCUCCUCUCCUCCUCUUCCUCCUCCUCUCCUCUGCUUCUCUUCUCUUACUAAAGGCGUUGUCGC